AUGGGUUUAUUUCGCAGAAAGAAAACGGUGGUGUCAUCAUUGUGUCUGGGUAUUGUAGUCUACUUGGUUAUUCAAGUCACAUACUUCCAGCAAGAAUUCAGCCCUCUCAAAGUGUUAGCCAAUGCUGAAAGUGAAGCACAGAGACUGUUAAAGUUCAUUACCCAUUAUCAUUAUCAGUGUAAAGACGCUAUAUAUCUGGGCAACUAUACAGCUUGGAAGAUCUGUAUGGACCCUGAUGUUGGUAUUAGUACAGAUCCUUACAUUUCAAAAUUAUCAUACUCAUUGGGGGUUGACGAGGAACUUGGCUUCGAAGAGAUUUUAGCUCGUAACUUUUCAUUUCAACAAUUUGUUUUCUUGUUUAAACCAGCAUCUCCAUUGUUAAAGAAAAUCAAUGGAACUCGUUCUUUUAAAACUAUAAUUGUGCCAAAUGAUCCUGCCGAUUUCGGUCGGAACUCUUAUGAUACUCAAACUUUGAACAAUAUAAUGGUGAAUUUAAAACAUGACCAUUUAGACAUUUUGAAAAUAGAGUCACUAUUUGACAUGUCCGAGUCUCACGAACUUUUGUACUAUUUAGUGAAGGAUAAAAUAUUAUCAAAGAUAAAACAACUUCAUAUUUUGAUAGAUAUAGAUAAGAUCGAUGAUGAUUAUUUAUACCACUGGUAUCGUACGUUGUAUAUUGUAUUUUACGAGGCUGGACUCCGCCUGUAUCAUACUGGAGCAUCAGAUAGUCUCUGUCUUCAAGUCACAAUGAUGGAAUCAUGCCGAUAUUAUUUAUCUUGGAUACGGAACCCUGGACCUACUGUUCCUAUCAUGUAUCCACCUUCCAUUGAUGGUUCAUAUGAGUUUGAAGAAGAAAGAUUGUUAGAUUAUGUGGAAGAGAAACAACAACAAUGUGAUGAAGCUUAUCCCUUCCCUAAUCCACAAGACUCCAUCUUUCACGUCUGUGGUUCAUUGUUACGAAAAACAUCUCAUAAAAUAUGCAAUAUUCAUAUUUUUAGUCUCACUCCACAUAAUUUAUAUCCUAGUCAAGAAUUUGGUAAAUGUAAGAUUCAUAAUAUUAUAGAUUUAAAUACUCCAUCAUCAUCACAACCUGCCGAAUUUCUUCUUCCAAAGCAUUUGUCAAAAGAUAAAAAUCAGUCGGCUAUGAAAGAGAUUAUAUCAAGGAAUAUCAAGCCAGAUGAAGUCAAUAUUUUCUAUAUCAGUAAUUCUGACUUAUUUUGGACGGUUUUAUCUCCAAUACUAGACUCUGGUUUAUUACAGAUGAUAGAUCAUGUAUCAGCCAAUGUGGAUGUUUUAAAGUCAAGUAACUUUAACCCUGUCACGUUACGUCAAAGAUUCAGUGAACUACAACGACUAGAAGCUUUUAAUUUAAGUUUAAACGAAGUUACAAGUCUCACGGAACGUAAACUUUAUUAUCAAAGCUCAGACUCUUAUCGUGUUCUUCUAUCUUAUUAUAAGAAAGAAUAA